CACCGACGAAUUGCUACCUCUCCUACCCACCGCGGAGCUUACCCAAGCUUGGGAAUACGAAAUCGCGAAACAGUUGACCCGUAUUGUUACUUCCAGCAAUUUAAAGCCUCAACGCCGAACAACAAUUGCUGAGCGUCGCAGCGCCCGCGCGACUAAGAACGACAACGCGCUCGAAGCACGCAAAACACCGCCAAAAUGAGUCGACGAGACUUUCUGUCUAUGCCCGCACCCGAGAACUAUGUGGCUGGUCUCGGGCGCGGUGCUACCGGAUUCACAACCAGAAGUGAUCUGGGUCCGGCGCGAGAGGGUCCUUCUGAGGAACAGAUGAAGGAGAUGUUGGCGAAACGUGCCGCUUCUCUCGGUCAAGCUGCUCCAUCCGCAUAUGGUGUUACAGAGAAGAAAGAGGAGGAAGAUGACGAGGCAGAUCGUUUCCAGGACCCUGACAAUGAGGUUGGCCUGUUCUCGAGCGGUAUGAACUACGACAAGGACGACGACGAAGCAGACAGAAUAUACCAGGAAGUUGAUGAGAAGAUGGACAAGCGGCGGCGAGCUAGAAGGGAAGCUCGCGAGCAGCAAGAACGAGACGAAUACGAAAAGAACAAUCCAAAGAUCCAACUACAGUUCGCCGAUCUGAAGCGUGCGCUGGGCUCUGUGACCGAAGACGAGUGGGCAGCGCUGCCUGAGGUGGGAGACAUGACGGGCAAGGCGAAGCGCGCAAGAGAAGCCCGUAUGGCAAACGCACGGUCGUAUGCGGUACCUGACAGCGUUCUGUCCGCGGCAUCCAAGUCCGGAGAGCUUGAGACAUCUAUUUCCACGGGAGACGCCGAUUCGGGUACAAUGACCAACUUCGCCUCUAUUGGUGCUGCGCAACAAUCAGCCUUACAAGUCCGACUGGAUUCGGCGGCAUCGAGCAACACGGGAACACAGACAACGACUACGUCCGGAACUGCAACUGCAGUCGACCCAAAGGGAUAUCUUACUGCGUUGGACAAGAAGGAGAUGCAGGGCGGCGAAGUACCCGUGGAAGACAUCAACCGUGCGCGAGUGUUGUUGGAAUCUGCAGUCAAGACCAAUGUCAACAACGGUCCUGGAUAUGUUGCGCUGGCACGUCUUGAAGAAGUUGCAGGGAAGAUCCACACCGCGAAGAAGGUUAUCCAGAAAGGCUGCGAGAUGUGUCCGAAGUCGAUAGUCGUAUGGGAGGAGGCCAUCAGACUGAACCGCGAGAGUCUCCACAAUGCGAAGAUUAUUGCGGCGAACGGUAUCAAGCUCAACCCCAAGGCUAUCGUAUUGUGGAAGGCAGCUAUAGAUCUAGAGCAGACACCAGCAGCUAGAAAGAAGGUGACUCGACAAGCGCUGGAUCACAACCCUCAGUCUGUCGAGCUCUGGAAGACCUUGAUCAACGAUACCGAGGACAUCGAGAACGUCAAGCUGUUGUUUGCAAAGGCUACAGAAACAGUGCCACUCUCAGAAGAACUGUGGAUUUCCUACGCACGCGUCAGCGAUGCAGAGGCAGCUCAGCAGGUCCUGAACAAAGCUCGCAAAGCUAUUCCCACCAGCUGGGCGAUUUGGGUACAUGCCUGUAGGUUGCAAGAAGAGCUCGGAAAGGUCGACAUCUGCGACAGGAUCAUGGAACGUGCAGUCAAGGCUUUGAUCAAGGAGAAUGCCAUGAUCAAGCGCGAGGAGUGGCUGGCACAGGCCGAGAUUUGUGAAGAAGAGGGUGACAAGGUCACAGCAGCCUCCAUCGUAAAAGCAACUAUUGGCUGGAGUCUAGAUGAAGACGACGAACGACGCGACAUCUGGCUCGAAGAUGCGAAGAACAUCUCCAACCGAGGCCACUACGAAACGGCAAGAGCGAUCCUUGGGCAUUGUGUGUCGAUCUUUCCAUACUCAACAACCGUCUGGCAUGCGUCUGCCGAUCUCGAAAAGCAUCAUGGAACUACUGAAUCUCUUCUCAGCGUUCUCGAGCGUGCUGUCAACGCUUGUCCAAACUCAGAAUCGCUGUGGCUACUAUAUGCUCGAGAAAGAUGGCAGGCUGGAGACAUCGAGGGUGCUCGUCAAGUCUUGGGCCGAUCCUUCGAGCAGCUGCCUGGUAACGAAAACCUCUACACACGAGCUGUCGACUUUGAAGCGGACGCUGGCAACUACGAGCAGGCGCGCAGUUUCUUGAAGGUCGCCCGAGACUCGGCCGCCACCGACCGCAUAUUUAUGAAAUCUGCGGUUCUCGAGCGCCAGCUUGGUGACUACGAGACUGCAAUCGACAUCUGCAACCAGGGUCUGCAGAGUUGGCCUGGCAGCUGGAAGUUGCACGCCAUCAAGGGGCAAAUCUAUGAGCAGCUAUCGAAGCUCAAGGAAGCACAAGAAGCCCUCACUAUCGGCACACGGGCCGCACCAAAAGCACCCAUGCUUUACAUUCUGCUCUCAAGAAUACAAGAAAAGACCGGCGCCGUUGUCAAAGCCCGCUCAACACUCGACCGCGGUCGUCAACAGAACCCCAAAAAUGCCGAGAUACUCUGCGAAGCCGUCCGCCUCGAGCGCCGCCGAGGCGACAUCCCCGCCGCUCAGAAAGUCAUGGCCACCGCACUCCAAGAAUGCCCUACCUCCGGCUUUCUUUGGGCUGAGAAGAUCAUGCACCUCGAGUCGCGAACGCAACGGAAACCGCGCGCCCUCGAAGCCAUCAAGAAAGUCGAGAAGGACCCACAGCUCUUCGUCGUCGUUGCCCGCAUAUUCUGGUCCGAACGGAGACUCGACAAAGCGGCGACAUGGUUCACCAAGGCCGUGGUGUUGGACCCAGAUUACGGCGACGGAUGGGUCUGGUACUACAAGUUCCUUGAGCAGCACGGGACGGAGGAGAAGAAGCAGGAGGUGUUGAGUAAGGCGGCUAUGGCGGAACCGAAGCAUGGCGAGAUCUGGCAGAGUAUUAACAAGGAUCCAAAGAACGCACGGCUGGGGGUUGAGGAGGUGCUGAAGCUUGCGGCUAGCAAGGCUGAGUAGGAGCAGCUGAUAACGGGAGAAAAGCGCGUAGGGUUUUGUGUGUCGCUCGACGGGCGGAUGGCCAUCUGGUGCGGUGAGGCCUGGGCACGUGCCUCUGUGUAGAU